AUGCUCAAGUUUUGGUUUCUUGCCCCUGUUACCAUGAUAAAGUUUUGGAGUCUAUUACUGCGACUGCUCUUAUUCUGUCUCUGUUACCGCCGAUUUCCAAUACGCUGGUCUCUCUGUUCCCUCUGGCUCUAUGAUCAACACUCGAGGGAUGCUGAUGGCACCAUUCGAGUCCCGAUCCCGCGGAGUCCGGCUGUGCUCAACGCGUUUCACGCGCAGGUGGUCGUUGCGAUCGACGCGUCGUUAUUCAUGUCCAUCUGGUUUGCAUACAACGGCGGCAUGGCUCAGGAGCAGUCACGCGUGACUACCGAGAGGCGCUUCCCGUGCGCGUCCACCACAUGUCAGGCACCGAGCGCUGCGCUGCGGCGAGUAGGCGCUCGCUUCAUCCCUUGGUUCCAGGAUCCGAACGGGUACAGCGUGCUCGCCUGCAUACGCCCCCACGCUCCCGCGACUGGUAUCGCACGCUACGACCACGGACCUGCUGCGGGCGAUCAGGGCAACAAGUCCCGCGUCCGCUGGGCGCGCAAGCGUACACACUAUUCCAUUCACUGGCGGAUUUGUGGAUCGCGAUGCUGUCCCUGGUGGAGCACGUGCAGCAAGGAAACUCCAUGA